AGAGCAUUGGAUUCGGGGUAUCUAUCUUUCCACUUUCGAAGCACAAAAGGGCGGGCUCCCACUUCCCCCCCUCUCUCUCUCUCUCUACACAUGCUUCUCUGAAUCCUCCGACAGUUUUCUAGGGUUCCGAGUUCGGGCGAUACAAUGGCGACAACAACUUCAACUUCCACCGAUCAGACCAAGUCCGUCGACGCCUCACUCUGGUGGGACUCUUUCUCUCUCCUACUCACCGAGCUCGAGAACGCCUCUCCCUCGUCCGACCUCCCACCUCAUCUGGUAAAGAAGCUGAAGGAUAAUCACGCGUGGUUCCUGGACACUGUUUCUUGCUUCAAGCCGCCAAAUGAGAAAUCAAGGGAGGCUUUGAAUUCGCGCCAAGUUAAUGCGGGGUCGCAUAAGUUGACUGUAGAGCCUGAAUUGAAAGAUGUGGCGCUGAAAAUUAGUUCAAUUUUGUGUCUAGAUGAGGUUCAGGCGUAUAUUCUUGUCAAAAGAUCGAUUGAGCGCAGCACUCUAGUCAUGGAUUAUUUAGCGGAUGAGCUUCUUCAUUUGGUAAUGCUUCAGUACUACAUUGAACGACAAUGCUUGUUGAAGUGUACACGGCAAAUUGUCAUGCAUGCCUUGUAUGUUGGAAUUUCCAAGGAAGGUAGUGCAGUAAUGGAAGAGGCACAAAAGCUGCUUUCUGAUGGACUAGAAAGCAGAUUACAUUCUAACCUUGAAGAUCUUCUGUCAUCCAGUCCUCCCGAGAACAUGGAUGUUGACCUUUUCACUUUGUGGGCUGAGGAGACACUAAUUGAAGAUAAUCUAGUCCUUGACAUCCUUUUCCUUGCAUAUUAUGAGUGCCAUUGUAGAUGUACUGGCAAACAAUGGAAAAAGUUGUGCUCGCUCUACGAGGGGAUGAUAUCUGGGUCUUCCAACUUUGGGAGGCUGGCAAUGUCAACUGAAGCACUGCAAUCCAUUUAUCAUGCUAAAGUUCAGUUGCUACUUAUUCUUAUAGAAACCUUGGACCUGGAAAAUCUUCUCCAAAUGAUUCAUGAUGAAAUGCCUUUCAGUCAGGGUUCUACUGCUUUUUCCUUGAGCGACAUUCUGGAACUGGAUGCAACAAUUUCUAGUUUCAGUGCUUUUGAAGAAAAAGAAACAGGGCCACUAAUACUAUCGUGGGCAGUAUUUCUUUGUCUCAUUUCGUCGCUUCCAGGGAAAGAGGAAACGAAUGUGCUAAUGGACAUUGAUCAUGUUGGCUAUGUACGUCAAGCAUUUGAGGUUUCAUCUUUGAGUUAUUUUCUUGAAAUUCUUCAAAGUGAUAUAUUGAAAGAUUCAGAUGGUCCUAUUGCUGGGUAUCGAAGUGUCUUGAGGACAUUUAUCUCAGCAUUUAUUGCAUCUUAUGAGAUCAGUCUCCAGUUGGAGGACAAUACCCGUAAUUUAAUAUUGGCUAUCAUUUGCAAAAUUUAUCGAGGAGAGGAGUCACUUUGUAUUCAGUUUUGGGACAAGGACAGUUUUAUUGAUGGCCCUAUUCGUUGCCUUCUUUGCAACCUAGAGGGUGAAUUUCCCUUUAGGACCGUUGAACUUGUUCGCUUAUUAUCAUCCCUCUGCGAAGGAACUUGGCCUGCAGAAUGCGUGUACAAUUUUCUUGAUAAAUCCGUUGGUAUAUCAUCUGUGUUUGAGAUAAGUAAUGCUUCCUUGAUCGAUGAAGUUUCUCAGAUUGUUGAAACUUCCCUGCCUUUGAGCAUUCCUGGGGUUGAUGGUUUGUUAAUACCCAGUAAUACACGUGGUCAUAUUUUGAAAGUGAUUGACGGGAAUGCUGCACUUAUACGAUGGGAGUAUGGACAAUCUGGGGUGCUUGUGUUGCUCCUGCGUUUGGCCCAGAAGCUGUAUUUGGAUUGCACUGAGGAAGUUCUUGUUACGUUAGACUUGCUUAGCCGAUUGGUAUCCUUUAACAUGGCUGUAUGUCAUGGUUUCUUGGCAAUUGGAAACUCGCAGCAACUUCAUGGUGCUGGCAUGAAUGGGCAUUUAGAGAUGCAUAUGUGUAUCAACGUGGUUGACAUCAUGUGUACUUUGGUUAAGAAAUCUUCUCCGAAUAGCAGUGGUGCAGUAAUGAUGUCCAUGGGUGUUAAUAUCUUGGCAAAGAUGUUGAAGUGCUCGCCAUCUCGCAUUGCAGCAGCGGCUCUAAACACAAAUAUUUUCGAUGUAGCCUUAAAGAUGAACCCCUUCAAUGUCCGCUCUAAUAGUUUAUCAAGUGGCUCGUGGUUGUUGUCUGGAAGACUCGCAAAUAUGCUUCUGAUUGACUGUGAGCACAACGAUAACUGCUGCCAAUUAACUCUUUCAGUGCUAGACUUCACAAUGCAGCUUGUCCAGACAGGAGUAGAGAAUGAUGUCGUCCUGGCUCUUGUUGUUUUUGCAUUUCAGUAUGUAUUAGUUAAUCAUGAGUACUGGAAAUACAAGUUGAAGCAUGCUCGCUGGAAUGUGACAUUGAAGGUGCUUAAAGUGAUGGAAAUGUGCAUUUUAUCAAUCCCUUAUCGUCCAAUACUGGGUGAGGUGGUUCGAGAUAUUUUGUUUUGUGACUCUUCCAUCCAUAGUGCCCUCUUUCGGGUUGUAUGUACAACUGCACAAGCCUUAGAGAAACUCUAUGUCAGCCGUCUUUAUGACCCAAUGGAGAUUGAAGGGUUACAGCUGGCAAUAUGUUCUGUGUUGGAUAUUCUUUCCAGCAUGCUAUCUUAUCUUUCCAAGAAUGUUCUGCCCAGCCUUCCUGUCUUCCAUCAAGCAGUGCUGUCAGCUGCAAACAAACCAAUUCCAGUUGUUACUGCCAUGAUAUCCUUGUUGUCUUACUUCCGCAAUCCUAAAAUACAAGUAGGAGCAGCAAAAGUACUGUCGGUCUUAUUUGUUCUCGCUGACUGUACGCAGCCAUAUGUGUUUGGAAAUGCGUGGUUUGGUUUAGAUGAAAAGCAGAUGAUGUAUCUUAAGCGUUCUCUCAAUAGGAUUCUGUGUGAGCUGUCUCUCUUGGAUGAAGAUCUCUUUGUUGCUACAUGUAAACUACUCACUUCGGCUGCAUAUUAUCAGCCGGCUUUUCUUGUUGCUGUAAUCGCUGCCAAGGAAAAUAUAGAUGUUCAAUCAAGCAAUACCACUGGUUUGAAGCCAUCAAAUGAAACAACUAGUGGGUCCCUGGAAUCCGCAGAAGCAAAUCUUUUGGUUGCAAUUCUGCAAUACGUUAUGCAGUCGGAUGAUCUUAUCAACAGCAAACCUCGCAUACUGCUAAAUGUGCUAAAUUUUAUUAAGGCAUUGUGGCAAGCAGCUGCUCAGUUCACAAGUGUUUUGGACCGUCUAAGAAACUCAGAAAACUUCUGGAGACAUUUGUCCAGCUGUUUUCGUAAAAAUGCUACAAGUAGUAUGGAAGUUAACCUGUCUGAAAAUCUGACUGAAGAGGAGGUUCUGAGCAUUGCGUACCGUAUUCAAUGCCAAUCUGUUGUUCUGCAAAUACUGGCUUUUGAAAUGUUCCUGCAGAAGAAGUUAUUCCAUGCAGAAUUUGCUGUAAAACAAACUACGGAAUCAUCAAAGGAUAGAGUAUGGCAAGCAGAUGAUACUGAAAAAUCAAACGAUGCAGGUCUCCUUGGUCUCAAGGACGUGUUGUCAAGCUUCCAUGAAGGCUUAGUUUUAGGCAACAUGAUCAAGUCCUAUGCAUCAUGGGAAUAUGAUAGUGACAUGUAUCUUCGUGCGAAGAUUGCUGCUGCUUUAUUCUCUGUACAUGCGAUGGGGAAAUUAAAAAAUGGUGAUACGGGGAGCUUGUCCGUAGCAGUAAUUGAAAAGACUCGCAUCUUGUUGAAAAAGUUGAGUGAACUGCCUUCCUUUUCAGAGUUGGUAGCUCAAUAUACGCAUCGUGGUCACAGUGAAGGAAAGGAUAUGCACGGAUUAAUAAUCAGUGAUCUUUAUUAUCAUCUACAAGCCGAGCUUGAAGGCCGUAAGAUUGAUCCUGGACCAUUCAAAGAGCUCUCCCAGUAUUUGCUCGAAUCAAAUAUUGUCCAAACUUAUCGGCACAAGUAUGAAGGGGAUCUUUUUGAACAUGCCAAGGAUGUCUACUUGUUUGACACCUUACGUCUCCGAGAAGAGUUGGGAUUUAAUUUGUGGGACUAUUCCGACUGGAAAGCAUCUAAGGCAGCUGCAGAAACGAUGUUGCUCUGCUUACAGGAUGUGAAUUAUAUGGUGUUGCUUGCAAGUUCUAAGCUUUCUGCAUUGAAAUCUUUGAUAACCGUCUUAUCCACGAAAGAGGAAGAUUCAAGUGAGAAGACAACAAUUGGUCGUGACAUACCGCAGCAUCAAAUUCACUCAUGCAUAGAUCAAGUAUGUCAGUGUCUUCAAUCCACGAUUGAAUCAUUAGUUCCAUUUCCCGACAUCUCUGAAGAUGUCCUUGAUUUCACUGCAACUCAAGCGGAACUGCUUCUACUCCUUAUCAGAUACGUAGGAAAAAGUCUGCCGUUGCCUGUUUGUGUACUGGUCUUAAAAACUUCAGGUUCUGUUCUCAAAGUGUUGAAUGACUUCAGGCCCUUGGUUUCUGGUGUGAAAGAUACAAUGAAGCUUUUACUUAUGCUGCUUCUCUCAUCAGUCAAGUCAAGUUGCAAGAGUUCACAGUCAGGUGGGGCAGUGGAGAUGGAAUCUGUUGAAGCCUUUCCUGAGGUGUCCAAUGUCAGCUUGGGGCUACUACCCAUUCUUUGCCACUGCACUGAACCCACUGACCACUGCACCCUCUCCUUAGCAAUUAUUGACUUGGUAUUGAAAGGUUUCUUGACUCCCAACACAUGGUUCCCUAUCUUAAAGAAACACCUCCGGCUGCAGCAUCUUGUUCUAAAGCUUCAAGAUAGAAAUUUAAUUAGUUCCAUUCCCAUCAUAUUGAAGUUCCUUUUGACUGUUGCACGUGUGAGAGAUGGUGCCACGAUGCUUUUCACGGCUGGUUUUCUUCCGUCUCUGAAGAUGUUGUUUUCUGACUUGUCAGUUGGUAACUCUUCCUCCAUUGAAAUUGAAAGGAGCAAUUUUUUACCACCUGAGAAAAUUGAAAUGCCUCGAGACAUUUGGGGACUUGGUUUGGCAGUAGUCACUGCAAUGAUUCACUCUUUGGGCGACAGUUCUUCUGGUGCUAAUAUUGUUGACUAUGUAAUCACUUACUUUAUCUUAGAAAAAGGUUAUCUAAUUUCUCACUAUCUUAAUGCACCGGAGUUUCCAUUCGAUGAUCAUGACAAGAAAAGGGCUCGAUCUCAGAAAACACCAACUUCCCUAAAUGCUCUUAGAGAAACAGAACAUACACUUACGCUUAUCUGUGAGCUAGUGAAACACCGGAAUUCAUGGAUGAAGGCAAUGAAAGAAAUGGAUUCACCCUUGAGGGAAAGAAGUAUACAUUUGUUGGCUUUUAUAAGCAGGGGGGCUCAAAACUUUAGAGUUGCACCUCUUGUAUGUCACCCUGUCCUCAAGGAGGAGUUGAAGUGGUGUAAUGAACCAUCGGUAAUUAACAGCAGAUGUGGCUGGUUUGCUCUUACGUCUAUUGACUGUGGAUUAAAUCCCAGGUUUUCUGCUGCUUCAUCUAAAUCUACUGCCCUAGUAGUCAAGGAUCAAGGAUCUGAAGUUUGUCAAACAUAUUUCUCAGAUACCAUUGCAAUACAGAUAUACCGGAUCGCUUUUCUUAUUUUAAAAUUUCUUUGUUUGCAAGCUGAAUGUGCAAUUCGAAGGGCAGAGGAGGUGGGGUUUAUUGAUCUUGCUCACUUUCCUGAGCUUCCGAUGCCUGAGAUAUUACAUGGCUUGCAGGAUCAAGGAAUUGCAAUUGUCACUGAGUGGUGUGAAGCCAACAAAACGAAGCAGGUAUCAGCUCAAAUUCAAGGUAUCUUUGUCUUGCUGCUACAUACGACGGAGAUGGCAUUAUACUUGGAAUAUUGCGUUUCCCAAAUUUGCGAGAUAAGACCCGUGUUGGGACAUGUUGAAGAUUUUUCUAAGGGAAUAAAAUCGUUGAUGAAAGCUACGGAGGGGCAUGCGUUUUUAAAAGGAUCAGUUAAGUCCUUAAAACAUGUAGUAUCCUUUGUAUUUCCUGGAUUAUUGCAAACUGAAGGACUGUUGUGAGAUACUAACUUAUUUAGACUAGGAAAAUUUGUAACACUAAAGAAAAGGCGAAAAAAGUGUAAGCCAUCGGGAUUUUUUCCAAGGCUGUGACAUGUUGUCUUGGCCAUUGUUACAUGUUAUCCCAAAUAUGAUGACUUCCUUUUUUCGCAACAGUAUUCUCAAGAGUAUCAAUUUUGUGUUGCUUAGUGUAUCACAUUUUUUGCGAUGUAGACUGCGAUGA